AUGACAGAGGUGUUAACCGUAGAGUUCUGUGGAUGCACUCAGGAACUCUUAACCAAGACCGUGUGCUCAGGGAAGCAAAAUUCACAGAACCAAACAUCAAAUGCUGAUUUCAUCUUGGUGGGCCUCUUUGGUGAAACCAAGCACGCCGUCCUCCUCUACACCGUGACCUUCAUCUUCUUCGUGAUGGCCCUCGCUGGGAACACCCUCCUCGUCAUCGUGAUCCACCUGGAGCCCCGCCUGCACACCCCCAUGUACUUGUUCAUCGGCCAGCUCUCCCUCAUGGACCUCAUGUACAUAUCUGUGACUGUGCCUAAGAUGCUCCUGGGCCAGGUCACAGGAGAUCAUACAGUUUCUCCCUUAGGCUGUGAGAUCCAGAUGUUUUUCUAUCUGACUCUCGCUGGAGCUGAGUUUUUCCUCCUGUCUGCUAUGGCGUAUGACCGAUACGCUGCUAUCUGCAGACCUCUCCAUUACCCCUUGCUGAUGAACCAGAGGGUCUGUGAACGCCUGGUGUCUGCUUGCUGGUUCCCAGGAGUGGUUGACAGUUUGCUGCUCACCCCCAUCACCAUGAGCUUCCCCUUCUGCCAGUCCAGAAAAAUCCUGAGCUUCUUCUGUGAGGCUCCCGCCUUGGAGGCUCUCUCCUGCGCCGACGUCUCCCUCUACAAGCUGCUCAUGUACCUGUGCUGUGUCCUCAUGCUCCUCAUCCCCAUCGCCGUCAUCUCUAGCUCAUACGCCCUCAUCCUGCAUCUCAUCGGCAGAAUCACCUCAGCAGAGGGCCGCAGGAAGGCCUUUGCCACCUGCUCCUCUCACGUAAUUGUAGUGUCACUCUUCUUUGGUGCUGCCAUCUACACCUACAUGCUUCCUGGUUCCUACCACACGGCUGAGCAGGACAUGAUGGUGUCAGCCUUUUACACCACCAUCACGCCUGUGCUGAACCCCCUCAUUUAUAGCCUCCGCAAUAAAGAUGUCACAGACGCUCUGCGGAGUAUGACGCGAUCAGGGCUGAGCCUAAGAAGGCUGUAAAUGGGGAUGCCUCUGUCCCUUUUAUGUU